AUGCGCCUCAACAGCUCCGCGCCGAGCCCCGGGGGCGCGCCGGGCCCCGACCCCUUCCCGCUGCCGCCGUCGGGGAUGGAGACGACGCUCCUGGCAUCCGGCCUUGGCAACGGCUCGGGCAACGCGUCCGAGCAGGUCCGAGCGGCGCCCAACAGCGACCUGGACGUGAACACGGACAUCUACUCCAAGGUGCUGGUGACGGCCGUGUACCUGGCGCUCUUCGUGGUGGGCACGGUGGGCAACUCGGUGACGGCGUUCACGCUGGCGCGCAAGAAGUCGCUGCAGAGCCUGCAGAGCACCGUGCACUACCACCUGGGCAGCCUGGCGCUGUCCGACCUGCUCAUCUUGCUGCUCGCCAUGCCGGUGGAGCUGUACAACUUCAUCUGGGUGCACCACCCCUGGGCCUUCGGCGACGCCGUCUGCCGUGGCUACUACUUCCUGCGCGACGCCUGCACCUAUGCCACGGCUCUCAACGUGGCCAGCCUGAGUGUGGAGCGCUACCUGGCUAUCUGCCACCCCUUCAAGGCCAAGACCCUCAUGUCCCGCAGCCGCACCAAGAAAUUCAUCAGUGCCAUCUGGCUGGCCUCAGGCCUGCUGGCCGUGCCCAUGCUCUUCACCAUGGGCCAGCAGAAUCGCAGCGCCGAUGGCCAGCACCCCGGCGGCCUGGUGUGCACGCCCAUCGUGGGCACGGCCACGAUCAAGGUCGUCAUCCAGAUCAACACCUUCAUGUCUUUCGUGUUCCCCAUGGUGCUCAUCUCCAUCCUGAACACCAUCAUCGCCAACAAGCUGACUGUCAUGGUAUGCCAGGCCGCCGAGCAGGGCCAGGUGUGCACCAUUGGGGACCAGCACAGCUCAUUCAGCAUGUCCAUUGAGCCCGGAAGGGUCCAGGCCCUGCGGCACGGUGUCCGGGUCUUACGUGCCGUGGUCCUCGCCUUUGUGGUCUGCUGGCUGCCCUACCACGUGCGGCGCCUCAUGUUCUGCUACAUUUCAGAGAAGCAGUGGACCCCGUUCCUCUACGACUUCUACCACUACUUCUACAUGCUGACCAACGCCCUCUUCUACGUCAGCUCCACCGUCAACCCCAUCCUGUACAACCUCGUGUCCGCCAACUUCCGCCAGAUCUUCCUGUCCACCCUGGCCUGCCUCUGUCCCCUGUGGGGGCGCAGGAGGAAGAGGCCAGCCUUCUCGAGGAAGGCUAACAGCGUGUCCAGCAACCACACCUUCUCCAGCAACGUCACCCGGGAGACCCUGUACUAG